CUUAUUUUCAUACUUAUUUCUAAGUGUCCUUUCUAGAUUCUGAAGUCAAAUGGAGGGGAACUCAAACUUAUUUAUGUUGAUAAUCCUUAGCACAUAACACAGAGCCUGAAUAUAGUCUGUGUUGGGCUUGGUUUAUUGAAUGGGUAGAUUUUCUGUUAGGUUUUAUCUGGUUGGGGUGACCCUUUUGUUCUCUUGCAUCAUUCAUAUUAUUAAGCUAUUCAUUGCUCUCAUUCCAAGCUUGGUGCACUUGGCAUGUUUGAGAAGGAUGACUCUCUAUGCUUUCAUUCAAUCUGCUAAAUAGAGAAAACUGAGUAAUAGAUUUAAUAUGGCAAUCUUUGGGGAGUGGAGGUUUUUCUGGGAGUCUAUCAAAAAGAGGAUUGAAUUAAUAAGGAAUCUAAGGACAGACCAUGAGAAACUAGGCAGAAACUGAUUGAUAAACAUUAUGGCAGAAAUUGUUGAUAAACUUACUAUGAAUGUAACAACACCAAAUGCUGAUGAGGUUGUAGAAAAAUUGGAUCACUCAUAAUUGCUGGUGUGAAUGCAAAAUAGUAUAACUCACUCUGGGAAAAUCAUUUGACAGUUUCUUGAAAAACUAAACAUACAUCCACCAUAUGACUCACCAAUUGUACUGCUGGGCAUUUAUCUGGAGAAAUGAAACAUGUUUAUGCAAGAACUUAUUACAAACAUUCAUAGAAGUUUUAUUUGUAGUAACCAAAACCUGCAAAUAACCCCAUUGCCCUUAAGUGGAUGAAUGGUUAAGCCAACUGUUAUACAUCUAUAGGAUGGAGUACUAUAAAAAGGAAUAAACAAUUGAUCUACACAAGCUGGAAGAAUCUAUAGAGAAUUAUGCUAAGUGAAUAAAAGCCAACCCAAAAACUGAAAUACUGUAUAAUUCCAUUUACAUAGCAUUCUCAAAAUGACAGAAUUAUACAAAUUGAUAAGAGAUUUCUAGGGGUUAGGAGUGGGUAGGAGUAAGAGGGAAGUGUGUGUGAUAUAUAAGGGUUAUGAGAGAUCCUUGUGGUAAUGGAAAUGUUUUGUUUCUUGUAUGUACCAAUGUCAAAAUAAAAAAGUAUAAUUAAAAACAUUGGGAAGACAAACAAUGUGGAAAUAGAUAUUAUAUAAAAUUUAAUAUAAAUUACAUAUAACUAUAAUCAUAUAAUUAUGUAAAUAAUUAUAUGUAUGUAAAUAAUUAUAUGUAUGUAUACCUGUAACUUUCAUUCCUUUAGUCCAUAAAUCUCCCAAAGUAGAGGAAACCACUAACAACUUUAUGUGAUUUUUCAAGACGUUUUCUGCACUUUUAAAAAUAAGUAUAUAUGGACACCCAGGACUCCAAGAUGGUGUCCGUCAUACCAGUGAAGGAGAAGUUGAUGGAUGUCAAACUAGGAGAGCUGCCAAGCUGGAUACUGUUGGGGGAUUUCUUCCUAAGGCAUGGCUGGAAUGUUUCAAAGGAAGGAAUCCCUGGGAUUUCUAUGGUGCUGACAGCGUAUGUGCUUUUCAACUACUUUCUUUCAAACAAGGAACUCAAACCCAAGUGGCUACACAAGUACUACUGA